UAAACUGAAAAGCAGCAACUUCAAACAUAGUUCUCAGCUUUCCAACACGUCUAGUGUGAUUUUUAAAAACAAAUACUUAUUGUUGUUGUGUCCAGCAGAACGUCCAUGGAGCUUUUACGCAAGUACCUCUGGUUGUGGGUGAUUCUUGGGAGUAUUUCUGUGUCUUUGCUCAUCGCCGUCGUCUUCUUCUGCAUCAACCAAUGGUUAUCAAGACAAGGCAGACACAGAAUCACACAGCUUCACAGGAACAAGUCUGACUUAACUAUCAAAAGCAACAAAUACCAGCUUGAGACGCCGCCUUUACCUCCUCGGACACAGUUUCUCAUAGCAGAGGCCCAAAGCUAUGAAAAUCUGGCUGACGAACACGACUAUGAGGAGGCCGAGCCUGUGUGCCAGGUGGCCAUGCCCAAAUGCCAGGUGGCCAUGCCCAAAUGCCAGGUGGCCAUGCCCAAAUGCCAGGAGUCCAAGCCUGUGUACCAGGUGACCACGUCCAAAUGCCAGGAGUCCAAGCCUGUGUACCAGGUGACCACGUCCAAAUGCCAGGAGUCCACGCCUGUGUACCAGGUGACCACGUCCAAAUGCCAGGAGUCCACGCCUGUGUACCAGGUGACCAUGCCCAAAUACCAGGAGGCCAUGUCCGAUUACGAGGAGGCGUCGGACGGAUACGAGGAGGCGUUGCCCGAUUACGAGAAUCGAACAGCUGAACCGUUCGACUAUGUACAGGUGGAGGCUGAGGUGAGGAUUCUUCCUCCACCUUACAGGAAAACAGAUGAAGAAACAGACGAUGCGUCCACUGAGGACUACGACGACAUCGAUGAUGAAGACGAUGGUGAAGAGGAUUAUGACGACUUGGGAUAAAAUGGCGUUUAAAGGGGAGAGAAUAUCCUUUUUAAAUAAUGACUUUUAAUUGGACUUUUUUACUUUCAUAUCUGUACCCUGCUGAGCAGAGAGAUCAGAACAAAGGUACUUUGACUGUGGUAUUAUUAAUAUUAUCCAUGUUUUUUCAGAAAAUAAGAGGCUAUUGUGGCUGGAGGCAUUAGCUCAGCAUAAAGGCUAAAAGUAGAGGGGAAACCGCUAGCCUGGCUUUGCACGACAUGUUAUAUCUACAUGGAAACAUAUACUCUAUAGAUAGCUCCAUUGUUGUCCAGAAACUAUUGAAAACACACAAAUGGCCUGCACUGUUUUUGCAAAGAAAAUAAGAGAGAUGUAUCUAUUUAAUGUGUGAUUUUAAAGACUAGAGAUGCAAAGAUUAUAA